ACUCAGCUCAGAGAGUGGCUCUUGUGGGGGAUGCCGGGGCCCAGCCAAGGCCCCUCCUGGUCCUGCCGGAGCGGGUCUCUCCUCCCCUGUGAACGUCCCAGAGGUCUGAGCCGGGAGUGGAGGGAGGGCCGCUCCUGCUUCCCUGGCCUGCAAGGCAGCCCCGUGGAGUCCCUUCACUCAACAAAGCUCGCUGAGCUUCCGCCACGUGUCGGGUGCUGCUCUGGGAGGGUCCCCUGCGGGCAUAAAGUCAAUGCUGCGACAAGUGUCCACGGAGAGGGUCAGCUCUAGGCCCAGAGAGGGUGGGGACCUGUCCGAGGUCUCACAGCUCAGGGGGGCCAAGGCCACACUGGGCCCUUCUCUGGCCCUCAGCUUCCUUCCGCCUCCCAGUGGCCACAGCAGGUGCUGGAGGUUACGGGCACAGACACCCCCGCAAGUUAGGCCGCAAUAUUCUCACCACCCCCACGGGGGAAGGAGCCGUCACUCAGCAGCCCCUGGGAGGGACAGCCGGGCCGCCGUGGGUGGUGGGUGGCAGGAGCGGGAGGGAUCAGGGAAUUUGCUGAGAGGACACUCAGAAACCUCCUCUUCCCUGGGGCAAAGUCCCUCAGGCACACGGGGAUUGGUGGGCAGUAGACAGGGUGCUGGAGCCAGCAGGCCCCCUGGGGAGACCAGGCCUGAGGGGGAGGGGCUGGCCCCAGCAGGGUCUGGUGUUCCUCCCAGCAUCGAAGGAGCAGGAAAGGGAGUGACCCCAAGAAGAGGCACCCCACAAGCGAUCGGGCCGGUAGGGCUCAGGUGUGGAGAGUGGGGUGGGCCAGGUCUCCUGGUCCAGGGUGGAGAGCUUGGGCAGUACUAUGGCCUGGGGGGCCGCCCUCCCCACACGUGCAGAUGGGGGCCUGACACCCUGGAUUCUUGCUGGCCACCACCGGAGCGCAGCCUGCAGGGAGCUCUGCCCAGCCCUACCCUGAACCCAGAUCGAAACCGGAUAACCUCAGGGGUCUGGCCUCCCUGCCAGAUUAGUACAAAGGGCUUCCCUCCCACUAUCUGCGGGGCAGGGACAAACAGGCCCAGAUAAGGUCUGCAGAGCUGCGGGCAGAGCCCCUAAGGGUCCCCAGGCUGACCCGCCAGAGGCGGGCACUUGGCCCUGUCCUGGGCGGGCAGCUGCUUGUAGAAGUCCAGCACCAAGGGCCAGUUUCCAGCCCCACAAUGCCCGUGGCCUGGAGCACCUACCCUGGGGUGGCAGUGGGACCUGGACGAGGCAGGUGCCUAGGGCUCUGACGGGUACCCCUGAGGGCCUUGCUCCUGGGUAAACAUUAAUGGGGCUCAGCACAGGGCAGGUCAUGUGUGCGCCCGGCGGAUCUUUGACCUGCGGCUGCUCCCGCCCUGUGUCUCCUCCCCGCAGGUGCCCCCUCACUACCCACACAGGUAGGAGCUUCGAGAAGCAGGAGGGGGCCCAGGGACACUGGGGCCAGGGCUGGGUUACCUCCAGGCCCAGGGUUUACCACCGGCCCUCCCAGGACAAGAGACGGGCCUGUGGGCAAGCAGGAGGAAGGGGUGACAGAGAGUGUCCCAGGAUCGGGCCCUGGGGAUGGGGAGAGAGUGGAGGCAGAUGGGGCUGAGGAGAGGAGUCCUGAGGUGGAGUGGGGCACCCUGGCUCCUUGCCCUGCCCCCUGCACUGGGGGUGAGGCUGUUAUCAAGAGGAGAAGGCACGGUUUGGUAUCAAAUGCCAAAGUCUAAGUCAUCUGCAAUGGCCCUGAUGACACCUGAUAGAAGAGGUCCCCGGGUUCCAGGUUCCCAGCCACUUCCAGCUGGUGCCUCAGCACCCCCUGCCCCAGGCCACCCACCAGGCCUGCUUCCAGCCAGGACCAGCGAGGGAGCCGGCAGCCAGGGCCACCCCAACUCGGCACCCCGAAACUGGACAGGGCUUGCCUGACAGCCUUCUGAGGUCACUGUAGUCAUCUGCUUGUGGGCUGAGGACUGGGGGGGUCAUCAAGGCCAGCAGGGGGUGGGAAGGGAGGACAGCUUCUGAGAUCUCAGGUUAGGGGACCCAGGGACCUGGCAGGGCAGAGGGAGGAGAGGUGUCUGACCUGCCUUUCCCCCCCAGAUCCGGGCUUGGGCCUGGGUCUGUCCCUGCCCGAAAUCCAUGCCGAAUUCUCUUACUGGUGGCCAGGUCAACCCCCCUACUCUGGACACGGUUGGCCUGGUGGACCAGAGACUAGGAAAUGCAGGGACCUCCAGUUCUGCCCCCGUCUUGGAAGAGGGGGACGUGGACCCCUGGGCUCUCCCUCAGCUGAAGGACACUGGCCAGUCCUGGAAAGAGCUCAGCGUGGUCGGCAGGGUCCUGCAGGUGCUCAUCGGCAUCCUCAGGGCCUGUGGGCUCCUGGGCAACCUCUACCUCUUCAUCUGCUCCCUGGACAUUCUCAGCUCUGCCUUCCAGCUGCUGGGCAGCAAAGUGGCUGGAGACAUCUUCCAGGACAACGCGGUGCUGUCCAACCCCGUGGCCGGACUAGUCAUCGGGGUGCUGGUCACGGUGCUCGUGCAGAGCUCCAGCACGGCCUCCUCCGUUGUGGUCAGCAUGGUGGCCUCCAAGUUGCUGACCGUCCCGGCGUCUGUGCCCAUCAUCAUGGGUGUCAACGUGGGCACAUCCAUCACCAGCACCCUGGUGUCUAUGGCACAGUCGGGGAACCGGGACGAGUUUCGGAGGGCCUUUGGCGGCUCAGCGGUGCACAGCAUCUUCAACUGGCUCACGGUGCUGAUCCUGCUGCCGCUGGAGAGCGCUGUGGGCCCACUGGAGAAGCUCAGUGGCCUGGCCCUGAAAGCGGCCAGCCUACAGCCCGGGGCACAGGCGCCCGACAUCCUCAAGGUGCUGACCCAGCCACUCACCCACCUCAUUGUGCAGCUAGAUGCCAAGGUGAUUGCCAACAGUGCCACCGGCAAUGCUACCAACAGCAGCCUCAUUAAGCGAUGGUGCGGCACCAGGGAGGUGACGGUGAGGUGCCUCCGACCGCUGCCCUCCAACCUGCUGAAUCACCCAAUCCCAGGAAACAGCAGCAACUGUGGAACGACCACGCCUGGCCCCUGCCCUGAGGCAAAUGGCUCAACCAUCACGGAGCAGCUGCCCUGCCACCACCUGUUCAUGGGCACCGGGCUCACAGACCUGGCCGUGGGCUUCAUCCUGCUGGCCGGCUCCCUGCUUGUUCUCUGCACCUGCCUGGUCCUCAUCGUGAAGCUGCUUAACUCCAUGCUCCGUGGCCGCAUCGCCCAGGCUGUGAGGACGGUCAUCAACGCUGACUUCCCCUUCCCGUUCGGUUGGCUCAGCGGCUACCUGGCCAUCCUGGUGGGCGCUGGCAUGACCUUCGUGCUCCAGAGCAGCAGUGUCUUCACAGCAGCUAUUGUGCCGCUCAUGGGGGUCGGGGUGAUCAGCCUGGAGCGGGCGUACCCCCUCUUACUGGGCUCCAACAUUGGCACUACCACCACGGCUCUGCUGGCUGCCCUGGCCAGCCCCUCAGAAAUGCUGCCCAGCGCCCUCCAGGUUGCCCUGAUCCACUUCUUCUUCAACGUGGCCGGCAUCCUGCUGUGGUACGCGGUGCCCAUCCUGCGGCUGCCCAUCCCGCUGGCCAAGCGCUUCGGCGACGUGACCGCCCGCUACCGCUGGCUCAGAGGAACACCCUUGGCUGAGGGUGGGGACCUGCAGGCCUCCCCACCCAGCCCUGUGCUGCAGCAGCAGCCAUAG